AUGGCGCCAAUCAGCACGAGGGAUCUCGCCGGCGAGCAUGGCGACAACAAUUCAUGCAACAGGCUUGACCACAAACAAAUGUCCAAAUCAGUGACCACACCUGCGGUCAUUGCACGGCCUUCGAAAGACCACGAUUUAGUACUAAAGACAUUCCGACUUCUCAUCGCCGAUCUCUGCCAGCAAUUCAAAGGCGGCCAUCCUGGCGGUGCAAUUGGCAUGGCCGCUAUCGGUGUGGCUUUGUGGAAGUAUGUGAUGGUAUACUCGCCCACCGAGUCAACUUUCUUCAACAGAGACCGCUUUGUGCUGUCUAAUGGCCACACCUGCUUGUUUCAGUAUGCAUUUCUACAUCUGACGGGUUAUCCAUCGAUGACCCUAGAACAGUUGAAGUCCUAUCAUUCGAAACGUUCAGAUGCGCUCUGCCCAGGUCAUCCGGAAAUCGAGCAUGAAGGUAUCGAGGUCACGACUGGGCCACUUGGUCAGGGAGUGGCCAACAGUGUCGGGCUUGCCAUAGCUUCAAAGCAUCUAGCUGCUACAUACAACCAGCCGUCACACCAAGUUGUAUCUAAUCACAUCUGGUGUAUGGUCGGGGACGCUUGCUUGCAGGAAGGUGUUGCUUUAGAGGCUAUCUCACUUGCUGGACAUCUCCGCCUGGACAACCUGACGAUCAUUUACGAUAACAACCAGGUCACCUGUGACGGUACUGUGGAUCUGACUAAUACAGAGGACGUCAAUGCUAAGAUGCGCGCUUGCGGCUGGGAUGUCUAUACGGUUGAGGAUGGAUGUUUCGACAUCGAGGGUAUUGUCACUGUACUGAAUCAAGCACGCUCCGCCGCCACAAAGCCAACCUUUGUCAACGUUCAUACAGUCAUUGGCUUGGGAAGUGCUGUAGCCGGCAAUGCAAAGGCACAUGGCGUGGCAUUCGGCGAGAGUGAUGUUGCCAACAUGAAGAGGGAGGCCGGCUUCAACCCCGACGAGUAUUUCGUCAUCUCGGACGCUGUUUAUGACUUUUUCUCCGACCGCAUCAGCAACGGCCGGCGAGUGGUUGACGAGUGGCACAAUCUGCUGGAAAGCUACGAGCAUCAAUAUCCGGAUCUGGCGAAUGAGUUUGCGAAACGUCGAGAGGGACAGCUUCCCGCGGAUUGGGAGUCACUCAUUCCAGAAGACUUCCCAAACAAAGCCACUGCAACAAGGGCAUCAUCCGGGUUAGUUUUCAACCCUAUCGCGCAGAAGGUCAAGUCGUUCAUGGUGGGGACCGCUGAUCUUACGCCUUCAGUCAACAUGACCUGGGAAGGGAAAGAUGACUUUCAAUUCCCAGGCUUGAAGACAGACUGUGGGAUCAACGGCAGUUACAAGGGCCGCUAUGUCCACUACGGUGUGCGCGAGCAUGCCAUGGCGGCUGUAUCAAAUGGCAUGGCCGCUUACUCGCCCGGCACAAUAGUGCCUGUUACGUCUACAUUUUUCAUGUUCUACUUGUACGCCGCUCCUGCGGUGCGAAUGGGUGCUUUGCAGCGCCUCCAAGUCAUUCAUGCUGCCACACACGACUCGAUUGGCAUGGGUGAAGAUGGACCAACACAUCAGCCAUUGGAGCUUGCAGCGCUAUAUCGUGCGAUGCCAAAUCUUCUGUAUAUUCGCCCCGGAGAUAGUGAGGAGACGGCCGGUGCCUGGACUGCUGCAGUUAAGGCCAAACAUACUCCGAGUAUAAUAUCGACGUCCCGCCACGCCGUUCCCCAAAUCACUGGGAAGACGAAUCGAAAGGCUGUGGAACGAGGCGCAUAUGUUAUCGAGGAGUCGCUCUCUGAAGGUGGCAAAGCUGACUUGACGCUCAUCGGUGUUGGCGCCGAGCUCAGCCUGGCAGUGGACGCAGCGGCCAUCCUCCGACAAGACCACAGCCUACGUGUCCGCGUGGUCUCGUUUCCGUGUCAGCGACUGUUUGACAAGCAGAGCAGAGAUUAUCGACGAUCAACUCUUCGAAGGCACCAGGGAAUCCCUGCAAUCGCCAUUGAGCCUUAUGUGGCACUUGGCUGGGAAAGAUAUGCCGACGCGAUGGUUUGUAUGAGCACGGAUCGUUUCGGGCACAGCUUGCCUGGUCCUCAGGCCUACGAGUACUUCGGUUUCGACUUGAACACUGUGGUGCAGAAGAUCCUGGAGUAUAUGGAAAGGAGACACCGUGGACUGGUGUUGGCUGGUGAUUUUGAGGAGUUGUUGUAG